AUGAGGUUGCUCUACAAGGACGCCGAUGGUAGAUUUGUAACUAGGGAAUGGCCAAACAACGUUCCGAGAUAUGCCGUCCUUUCACAUACUUGGCUCAUCGGCGGCAAAGAAGAGAUCCUACACGAGGAUAUUGUCAAUGGAUCCGCCGAAAAAAAGUCUGAGAGCUAUGAGAAACUUCGAUUUUGCGCCAAGCAAGCCGCCCGAGAUGGGUUCGACCAUUUCUGGAUCGAUACUUGCUGCAUCGAUAAAACAUCGAGCUCUGAACUGCAGGAGGCCAUCACAUCUAUGUUUCGAUGGUAUCGCGAUGCUGGAAAAUGCUACGCAUAUCUCACAGACGUCUCUGCAGUAGAUGACGGCGUAGGAUGGCCGGGUGCUUCGCGAUCUUGGGAAGGGGAUUUUCGGCGAAGCCGAUGGUUUACACGAGGUUGGACUCUGCAGGAGCUUCUGGCUCCUACGACCGUUGAGUUUUACUCUGCCGAAGGCACUUUUCUGGGCGACAAAAAGUCUCUGAAGCACAUAAUCCAAGAGAUUACAGGUAUCCCCCCUGAUGCACUUGAAGGAACGGACUUGUCAGGCUUCAGUGCUUAUGAACGGCUUUCUUGGGCAAGCACUCGAGAAACAACACGUGCGGAAGACCAAGCAUACUGUCUACUUGGCAUUCUUGACAUAGACAUGACGCUUCGAUACGGCGAAACAACGAAUGCGAUGAUUCGGCUUCGCCAAAAAAUUGAGAAGAAGCAUGGAGAAGUUGCUAAAUGGGACCGCUUGAUCGAGGGCUUGCCCAUCGCCUCACAAGCGGCUUACGACUCUCUUGACAACCAGUAUGGGUCGACUUGUUUACCGAACACCAGAGUUGAACUUCUUGGGGAUCUCUCACAAUGGGCAAAUGCGGCGGACGACAGAUGUAUCUACUGGCUCAACGGUAGUGCAGGUACAGGAAAGUCCACUGUGGCUCGCACAAUAGCCAGAACGUUUAGCGAGAAUGACAUUCUCGGCGGCAGUUUCUUUUUUGAAAAAGGAGGGGGAGCUGUCAGUCAUGCCAAUCUUCUGUUUACGACUUUAGCCUCUCAGCUAGCUACUAGGUUUUCCUCUGUCAAACGCCACAUUUGCGAAUCCAUCAUGGCGAACCCGGAUAUUGCUCAGAAAUCCCUCCGUGACCAGUGGGACCAGUUGAUCAUUAACCCCCUUUCAAAGGUCGAGAAUUUUGAACCCCAUAAUCUCAUCAUCGUUCUUGACGCAUUAGAUGAAUGCGGCAACGAACAGGAUGUUCAUAUCAUUCUUAGACUCAUAUCCACAACGAGAACUCUCGAGCGGAUUCGUCUCAGAGUUCUGGUUACAAGUCGGCCAGAAACACCUAUCAGAUCCGGAUUCUCCCAUUUACCGGAGGCCGAGAGGGAGGUAUUCUUUCUCCACGACAUCCGGCCAGCACUUAUUAAUCGCGAUCUCAAUUUGUUCUUUCAAGAGAACCUUGCAGCAAUCGGAGUGGAGAGACGCCUAGCCCCGGAAUGGCCAGGCUCAAGAAUCGUCGCGCGUCUCGUAGAGAUCUCCAGUGGUCUCUUCAUAUGGGCGUCCACUGCCUGCCGUUGGAUUCGGAAUGGCAAGAAAUUCGCCACAAAACGACUUGAGACUAUCAUCAAAGGUCAUACCUCAGACGGAGGCCCACAGAAGCAGCUUGACGAGAUAUAUACCACCGUAUUGGAAAGUUUGGUCCAACAAGAGUAUGAUGAGGGGGAGAAGCAGAUGCUCUUUGAAUCAGUAAGAGACGUAGUUGGACAUAUAGUCACUCUAUUUUCGCCCCUGUCAUCCGUUUCCCUGGCGAGCUUACUCGAUCAGGAUGUCGAAGAGAUCAGAGAGACGCUAGAAGAUUUACAUACAAUCUUCAAUAUUCCCAGCGAGGAAAGCCGCCCGAUCCGUCUGCAUCAUCCGACGUUCCGCGACUUUAUCAUUGAUCAGAGCCGAUGCAAAAACCCAGAUCUCUGGGUUGACAAGAAGCAGGCACAUAAAGCACUAGCCGAAGACUGCAUUGAAAUCAUGCGCCGUAUGCUCAAACGCGACAUAUGCGGUUUGCAAUCUCCUGGUGUUCUCGUGACCGACGUUGACCAGUCCUGCAUAGAGCGGUGCAUUCCUCCAGAACUUCAAUACGCAUGUCUCUAUUGGGCUCAGCAUUGUCGACAAAGCGGUAUGCUUCUGGGUGAGAAUGACACGGCUUAUCAUUUCCUAAAAGAACAUUAUCUUCAUUGGCUCGAAGCAAUGAAUCUCAUGGGCAAAGGCUCAGAGAUAGCCGCAAUUAUCCGCAUGUAUCAGGCUCUGCUCCCAGAUUCAGACAAUUCUGGUCAACUGUCAUUUCUAAAGGAUGCACGAAGGUUUUUCUUCUCAUUCCAAUUGGUUAUGGAACGAACGCCGUUGCAGAUCUAUUGUGCCGCGCUUGUCUUCCUUCGCCCUUCAAACGGACUGAAGGAUCACUUUUGGAGUGAGUUGCAUCCAUGGUUCGGUCAAGUGAAAGUCGUGGAUGCCAUCGCUCCAGAUGCCAAGGACGAAUACAUGUUCGUCAACGACUUAGCGUUCAGUCCAGACGGAAAAGAGAUCGCUUCAGCAUCGAUUGGCCCAGUGAUCAGAGUAUGGGACGUCAAGUCGAAAACUGCUCUCUUUGUGUAUCACGGUCAAAAAGACAAGACAGGGACUGUGGCGAUCUCGCCGGACGGGAAGAUGGUUGCAUCAGGUUCGGACGAUGCUUCCGUAAUGGUAUGGAACAGAGAAACGAGAGCUGUCAUGUUCAACCUGGAAGGACACACUAGAUGGGUGAACACCGUUGUCUAUUCUCCAGAUGGCCGUAUACUCGCAUCUGGAUCAAUGGAUGAGACCAUCCGAUUGUGGGACGCUACCAACGGGGAAGAGUGCAAGAGAUGGGAAGGUGAUCUAUCCUGCAUCAACUCUAUUGCUUUCUCUCCUGAUGGGAAGUACCUUGCUUCGGCUACAUCUGACUGGCUGGUGCGGAUCUGGGAUGUCUCGAAGAAUAUAGUUCAUCUCGUACUUGAUGGCCAUUCAGGCCCGGUCAACACGGUACAAUUUUCCCCGGAUGGCACACAACUAGUCUCUGGAUCAGAUGACAUGACGAUCAAGGUGUGGGACACCAUCUCGGGAGUGGAGUUGUUCACUCUGAAGGGACAUGUUAAGAAAGUUUCGGCUGUGACUUUCUCACCAGACGCGCGCCUGAUAGUAUCCGGAUCAGAAGAUAAGACCAUGCGGCUGUGGGAUGUUAGCAAUCGUUCCCUCUCUAACACCCUCGAGGGUCAUGUCAGCGGUAUCAACGCCGUCUGUUAUUCAAAAGACGGCCAGAUACUUGCAGCUGGUGCUUAUAACGACGAGAUACGGUUUUGGGACGCCGUGACCGGGGAACCGAGGGGUAAAUUGAACGAUUUUGCUUCUCACCAGCUUGGACCUGGCUCGCUUGAACAAGCAUAUGGACAUGACUCCGGAUUUCUUGAAGGUGCGACCGAAGGAGGCAAAGCACACACAAGUGAGGUGUUAUGUCUAGCUCUAUCACCGGAUCGAAAACUUGUGGCGUCCGGAUCACAGGACUCUACUAUCAAGAUCUGGACCAUUAGUGGUGUUGAGCAGGCAAAAUUGGUCGGGCACUCAAGACGUAUCACGUGUCUAGUUUUCCACCCCAGCGGUCGAUUGCUGGCCUCCAGUUCUGCGGAUGCGACUGUAGUCUUAUGGGAUAUUUCCACUAGCACUAUACUACAUGUUCUCCAGGGCCAUACCGACAUGGUUCUUGGUCUCCGGUUCUCUCCGAGUGGCGAUCUACUUGCAUCGCACUCUUCCGACAAGACAAUUAGGCUAUGGAAAACAUGGCUAGGCACCGCCGAAGACCCUCUCGAAGGCCAUCACGAUACCGUGACCAGUAUUGCUUUCUCGCCGGACGGUCGUCUUCUUGCGUCCGGCUCGGCAGAUACCACUGUACGACUAUGGAACAUAGAAACCUCAAACGCAGUCGGUACGGCGUUGGCAGGCCACGAAGAUGAGGUCACUUCUGUCGCAUUUUCCACAUUGAGCGAUCUGGUUGCCUCCUGCUCGAUGAAUGGGACCAUCAGGCUGUGGACCGCCGAUGGUAAAUCAUGUGGCGUUAUCCAGCAACACACAAAAGGAUUCUCAUCGGUUACGUUUUCGCCAGACUCUAAAUUCUUGAUUUCCUCGUCGGGCGAUCACAUCAUGACUUAUUGGGACUGCCAAACAAAAGCCUUGCUUGCUAGGGUUGAUGCAGGCGUGGCUCUUCGCAACUUGAGUUUCUCCGCUAGCUGCCAAAUCGAGACCGAUCGAGGUGUCUUGACAGUGAAUCCUACAAUUUGCGACAAGUUUUCAUGUUCGUCAGAAGCUCUACACUCGAGCUUUGUCACAGACGACUGGUUGUUGAAAGGGAAGGAGAAAGCGCUUUGGUUGCCAGAAGAGUAUAAGACGACUAGCGUGAUAACACAUGAAGGCUUUGCGGUUUUGGGCCAUUCGUCUGGCAGCAUUACCUUCAUUUCGUUGCAAUAG